AUAGAAAAAAAACAGGUUCAUUCAUUCUUUUAAAAUUUUAUUUGUUGUGUUGGAGACUUGGAUGAGCAACCCAAAAAGUAAUAAUAAUAAAUAUUGAAAAAUAAAUGAAAAAUCUAUUAAAAUAAAUUAAAAAAUACUUGAAAAAACAAAAAACCUAACAAAGUAGAUUUCAACCUAAAGGUCUGUAACAAAAUAGGUUUUAUGGAAAAUAUACCUAAAUGCGUGCUGUUGUUAUGGUGAAACGUGUGUCGUCGUCACAAAUUCAUGUUCAUGUCAAUUUCUUAAUGCCUGCUGUUUAGCAUUAUAUGAAGAAAAGUCUGAGUGUUUGAAAAAUAAAAGAAAUUCACAAGUUUUUCCAACUAUUUACCACAGUGUCUUGGAAAAAUCUCUUUAUAUUAGUCUUCUGCUUACAAGACUAUGUCAACACUCGAAGAACGUACAGCUUACAAAGAUAAUCCCUUCUUUACUGGUCAUAUUUAUGGUAAUUUUUCACCAUUUUAUGUGACCAUAGCUGUAUGUACCGUCGUACUCGGUUCGAUAAUCAUUUUAAAUAUAAUCUUUGGUUGCUGUUCGAAACAUCGUCAGUAUUGGCAGGAUAGACAUACCGGCAAUCGUUGGCUUGUAUCCAUUUGGUCAGCAACUCCACAUAAUCAACCACCAUUGGAUUUUACUGAACUAAAAGACGCUAAAUAUUUUCAAAGUUUACAGCCUGCUCCCCGUCUUUUUAGCGAAGAUAUUGAAGCCCAAAUAGAAGACGUGCCCAUACAUCAUCAGUAUCAACAAAGACCUACCCGCCCCGAAGGCAGAGGUUUACAUCAGCAAAGACAGCGUGAAGAAUACGUUGAAUUACAUACCAAACGAGAAAGCGAUAUUUAAUUUUUUUUUAUUUUUGUUUGUUUAUUUAAAAAUGGCUUUUAUUAUUUUAUAUCCAGCUGUAGCUGCUUUAGCUUUAUUCAUUGUGGGUGUUAUUAUUAUAAUGUUACGUUUUGGACCACGACUCUGUGGUCUAAGACAUCAUGCCUUGCCCGACAGUGAAGAGUAUCGUGAGCGUGCCUACGAUCAUGAAAUCAGUUAUGCUUGAUAUAUAUAAUUUACAAGUUUUAUUUAAAUUUUUAAAUUAUUUCAAUACUACUUUUAUCCCUCCAUUUUGUUUUAAUGUUUUUUAAGUGCCUUUUUAUAAAUAAACUAUUCUUGUAAGCAGCUUUGUUAGAAUUUAAGUGGAAGAGAGCGAAGAAACAGUUUUUUUCUUAAGUAUUGAUAUAUUAUCUGCUUUUAUUUAAAUGUUUCUCAGCUUUUAAAUUAAAAUUUUGGCAAUUAGUUUUUUUGUUUCAGAAUGUUAUGAAAGUAAUUUUCAAUUAUGUAUUUGUUUUUACUCAAUUUUAAAGAAAUUUCCUAAGCAGAUUGAUUCUCUUAAAUUCUAAUUUGUUUUCAACAACUGCUUAUUAGGUAUUAUUUAUCUUAAAUGUAUUUACAUUAUUUAUAUUUGUAGCAUUUAUAUAAAAAUCCAUUCCGUCCAGUUUAAAUUUAACAAAAAAAAUUUUAAACCUUCACAAAUUAUAGUAGUAAGCCUAACAUAUCACAUUGAUUUACAUUAUGUAUUUUUACAAAUUUACUAAAAUAUUUUUAUAUGUAUGCCCUAUUUGCGGUAUAUAUUUUUAUUAAAUAUAUUUUAUAUGUAUUUUACGAAUAAAAAAUAAAAUUAUGUACUAAAU